GGUGCUCAUGGCGUGGCUAGGAGCGCAAGGUCGUACAAGCCAUGGAAGCAGUGGACUAGUAAAUGGGUACAAGUUUUUUCUGAAGUUAAGAUAUGAGGGCAGAAUUGUUCAAAGUAACCCACCUAGAUAUCUGGAGGGGAGAGUUAAAACCUUUGCAGAAAUGGAUUCAGAUGAGUGGGGCAUGAUGACAUUAAAGGAAAAGGUUUAUGAAGUGGGAUAUAAGAAGGAAGACAACAUUAGGUUGUUUAAUUUGAGUGAUAAUGGUUUAGUAGAGUUGCUUACAGAUGAGGAUGCUUGUGUAUUAGCAAACUAUGUUGUUAGACCAAAGGUAGUAGAGAUAUGGGUUGUCUUAAGGGUGGUUGGAAAUGAUGAAACAAAUGGUGGUGAAGCUGAAAUCAGUGCAGAUGAGAGUGAGGGUGGUUCUGAUUGGCUGCAGGGGGAUUCUGCAGGUGAGUAUGAGAAUGAGGAAACUGGAGUAGAUGACUUAGAGUUUCUGAAGUAUAUUGAUCCAAAUGUUGAGUAUGGAGGUGAUGAGGAUGGUGGUUGUGAUAGAGUUGAAGAAAAUACUGAAACAUUGGAUCCAAAGUAUAUCAAUGCUGAGAUCCAUUUCUCUGGCAGUGAAGGGGAAGAAACUGAGGGAAAUGUGAGGUCUGUGGGAUAUGUUAGGGAAUCUGGUGAGGGAAAUGGGAGGGAAUGUGUACCUCCUAGGCCAGUUUUGCCAUCUCCACUGUGGCUUGGGAAAACAUUUCUUACCAAAGGAGAUUUUAGAGAAGCUGUGAAAACAUAUGGGUUACAAUUUGGUAAGGAGUUAAAAUUUGUGAAGAAUGACAAGGUUAGGUGUAUUGCCAAGUGUGUGCAAGAGGGCUGUAAUUGGAGGGUUAACUGUAGAAGAGAUCCAGAUGAACAAUGUUGGAGAAUUAUUGUUUUAGUUGAUGAGCACAAUGAUUGUGCAUGGGUACAUGAAAACAGAUUGGUAACUGCCUCACUAAUUGCAAAAAGAUGGAGAAAUCAGAUUGAUGGGAAUAGUGAAUGGAAAACUAGUGAAUUUAGAAAGAAAGUAUGCACUGAGGAUCACCAUGACUUAACUGUUAGGCAAGCAUACAAUGCAAUGUGUUUGGCUAAGAAGGCAAUCAAGGGUGAACUAGAAGACAACUUCAACAAAAUUUGGAAUUAUGAGUUGGAGAUAAAAAAAACAAAUCCAAACACAAGGUUUCUUACCAAGUUAUCUGAUUUAAGAUAUGAGGGUGGCAAGCACAGAUUGCUUAGAGUUUAUAUCUGCUGGGAGGCUUGUAGAGAGGGUUUUAAGCAUUGUAGGCCACUAGUAGGUGUGGAUGGAUGUCACCUUCGAGGCAAAGCAGGAGGGAUGAUGCUUACUGCCAUUGGUGUAGAUGCUAAUGAUAGCAUAUUUCCAAUUGCAUAUGCCAUAGUAGAAGGGGAAAAUAAAGACUCCUGGUGUUGGUUCUUGAAAUUAUUGAAAACAGAUAUUGGGCUAAAUAACCUUAGGCAACAAAAUUACACCUUUUACCGCACAGGUCACUCAUCCAGCAACUGCCACUUCUGUCCAGGUGCUGAUAUCCCUCAUCAAGAAGAGAUACCAAUUCAGACACAACCUGAAUAUGGUACUGAUAUAGACAUCCAGAUUGAGCAUGAUGACCCUGCCUAUGUUUUUGAACUUCCUGUUGAAUUAGUGCAUCUAUCAAGUAAUGAAAUUCCAGGUGGGAUGUAA